AUGGCCAAGGGCACGAGCGCCAUCGACCCGAGCAACUACGCCUCGCUCGGCCUCACCCACGUUCAAUAUGAUCCAUCGGACUCGUUUGCCAAGCUCCUCGCCCUGGUCACCCUCUCGCCCAUCUUCCUCCUCUGCUCCUAUGUGACCAUCAUCCUUCUUCGCCGAGAGCUGACCUUCAUCAAUGCGCUCAUCGGACAACUCGCUUGCGAGGGACUCAACUGGGGGCUCAAGCGUCUCUUUAAGCAGCCUCGUCCUACGGAUCGUCUCGGUGCUGGCUAUGGAAUGCCUUCGUCCCACUCGCAAUUUCUGGGCUUCUUUGCUGCCUUCUUCCUGGCGCACUUCUACCUCAACCGUCCUCCUCUCGUCAAGCCGCGCACGCUAAUCAACUCGAUGAGGCGGUUCGAGCACGGCCUUGCCAUGGUCUUGAUCGCUUCCAUCACCAUCUUGACGUGCUACUCGAGGCAUCACCUGCACUAUCACACGCCUCUACAGAUCAUCGUCGGCAUCUCGAUCGGACUCGCCUUCGGAAGCAUCUACUACUACUUUACAGAGUAUCUCUCGAAGAAGCCGCUUCGACUACCGGCUCCCCUCGCCGUCUCGGAAUCCUCCUCUCCUCUGGCCAUCCGUGCCAACCGACUGCUUUCGCCCAUCACCACCUCACCAAGGCCCGAAUCAGGUCUACGACAGCGUAAGCAACGAAGAAGAUCCUCCACCCUCAGCGACAUGAUCCUGCCGGAAUUGCAUCCUUCUCCGCCCAUCCGACAGAUCCUCCUCGACCAUCCCAUCGCAAUCGCCUUCCGCAUCCGAGACAGCUGGGCUGUCUGGCGGGAUGGCGGCAUCGAAGGCGAAUACGGUGCGUGGAGGCGCGAAUGGGAAGCUCGAAGAGCCGCCUCGACGCCAGUCAACAGCGCAGCAGCGGCCCAACUUGCUGGUAGCGGUGACGUCGGUCGAUCGGCUCGCCACUACGACAUGAUGCUGAAAGCUCUGGACGAAGCGGACAAGUCUCCACCCACCGACGCUGCUUUCUGCGUAGGCUGCGUCAUCUCCUUCACGAGCGACUCCUCGCGCGCCUCGUCCGCGGACAUCCUCGCAACCGGCUUCUCGAGGGAGCUCCCCGGCAAUACACAUGCCGAACAGUGCGCACUUGACAAACUUGCCUCAGACUUCAAGUCGAAGGCGCAGCAAAAGACGGCAAAGAACGUGCCGACGCUCGAUCUCGACCUGUAUACGACCAUGGAGCCGUGUUCAGAGCGACUCUCGGGCAAUCUGCCUUGCGUACAGCGCAUCCUCCAGUUCAAUGAGCAAGGCAACAUCUUUACUCUUCCGCGACGCCUCGUCCAGCAAACGACGCAAGCCGACAGCGUGGCAAAGUCGGGCGACAGCGUCCAGGCUAAGCUGCGCAUUCGACGCGUGUUCCAAGGUGUCGCCGAGCCGGACGACUUUGUCAACUGUCAAGGCCAAAACCUGCUUCGAGACCGAGACAUUCAAGUGCACACCGUGCGCAGCAGCAAAGACGACGACGGACAGCUCGAGCAGGACUGCCUGCGGAUCGCUAGAAAAGGGCAUCCAGCAGACAAGUGA